GCUAUUACCGCUGUGCUGGCCAAUUAAGUCGCCUGAACUCGCGCGCUGCCGCACAUGCUGGAUUACGACCUAGCAGCCCCAGCUGAGAGCAAAGGGAGGAAAUCAGGCAAAUGGGCUUCAGACAUCACUUAAAAAUGUGCUGGAGCCGAGCUCUUCUCAGCUGCUGCGCUCUCCUGCUGAUGCUGCAGCCGUCUUUAGAUGCUGUUCCGAUCAGUAUCGACAAGACUAAAGUCAAAGAGCCAGAGCAAAAACCAGAAGAACCGCCAGCGAAUGUGGAUACUGGGCUCCACUAUGAUCGCUACCUCAGAGAGGUUAUUGACUUUCUUGAAAAAGAUCAGCAUUUUCGAGAAAAGCUCCACAAUACAGACAUGGAAGACAUCAAGCAGGGAAAACUCGCUAAAGAACUUGACUUUGUCAGCCACCACGUGAGAACAAAACUGGAUGAGCUGAAAAGGCAAGAGGUCAACCGACUGCGCACCCUGAUUAAAGCCAAGCAAGACAUAGAGGGCGGGAAUGACAUAGCAGUGGACCACCAGGCUCUUCUGAAGCAGUUUGAGUAUUUAAACCACAUGAAUCCACAUACAUUUGAGGUGGAAGAUCUUGAUCGUCUCAUUCAAUCGGCCACAAAGGAUCUGGAGAACUAUGACAAGGAACGACACGAGGAGUUCAAGAAAUAUGAGAUGAUGAAAGAGCACGACAGACAGGAACAUCUGAAAACCCUGAAUGAGGAAGAGAGGAAGAAAGAGGAGGAGCAUUAUGAGGAGAUGAGGAAGAAGCAUGCUGACCAUCCUAAAGUGAACCACCCGGGGAGCGAGAACCAACUUAAGGAGGUGUGGGAGGAGGCAGAUGGUUUGGACCCAGAAGAUUUUGAUCCAAAGACCUUCUUCAACCUUCAUGAUACAAAUGGAGAUGGCUUCUUUGAUGAACAGGAGCUGGAAGCAUUGUUCACCAAAGAGCUGGAAAAGAUUUAUGAUCCCACCAAUGAAGAGGACGACAUGGUGGAAAUGGAGGAAGAGCGGCUACGAAUGAGAGAGCAUGUUAUGAAUGAGGUUGACACUAACAAAGACAGGUUGGUGUCUUUAGAUGAAUUCCUGGUUGCUACAAAGAAAAAGGAAUUCCUGGAGCCAGAUAGCUGGGAGACUCUGGAGCAAAACCAGGCCUACACAGAUGCAGAGAUGAGGGAAUUUGAAGAGCAUCUCGCUCAGCAAGAGCAAGACCUCAGUCAGAGAGCUGUUGACCUGCAGAAGCAGAGACAUGAGCUGGAGAGACAGCAGGAGCAGCUCAAUGCACAGAAAAUAGAGCUUCAGCAGGCUGUUGAGCACAUGGAACGCCUCAAGUCGCAGAAGGUAGACGGUCAGCCGGAGGUGCACAUUGAAGGAAAUGAUCUCUCACAUGUGCAAGCCGAUGACAAUCAAUUGCAUGUUGAACGAGAGGCCCAACUUCCAGGACAUCAAGACCAGCUCCCUCCAGGUUCCCCCGCAGAGCACCACCAGCAACACGAGGAACAUCAACAGAACAGUGAAAACCCUCCCCAGCAUCAGGAAGUACCAGCAGUCCAUCCGGAAGUUGUACAAGAACAUCCUAACCAGCCUUAAAAAUACUGCAAAAAACACCAAAACCUUAACGGCACCUUAACUCUGGUAAAAGUGGAGCACUCCCACUGAGCAUAGGCCUCUUAAGCAGUGAACCCAGAAUGAUUCAUGUUUGGGAGUUUUAACACUUAACGUGAAAAAGUGAGGCACAUAAGGAACCUUUCCUCCCCGUUACCAGUAAUCCUUGGAUUACAAAAGGGCCUUAAAAUUUUAGAUUGAUAGACUUUAAGCAUGUAUCCUAAAACCUGAAU